AUGGAUGCCCCGUUGACUCUGUUUCUGAUCUCUGUUUCUCUCUGCCUCUCUUAUGCCCUCUUCAACUUCCUUCACAAAGUGCUAUGGCAACCUCUCCACACGCAACGGUUCCUGAAUUCUCAGGGAAUCAAAGGCCCUCCUUACCGCUUCCUAAUCGGAAACGUCAAAGAACUCAUCCGAUUCAGAAGUGAAGCACUCGCAAAACCCAUGCCCGAUCUUUCUCACGAUGUGUCUCCGAGGAUACUGCCCCACGUUUCCAUAUGGGCCAAGGAGUACGGAAAGAACUUUGUGUUCUGGCUCGGACCACGGGCUCAGCUGGUGGUGUCCGAGCCGGAGAUGGCGAAAGAGGCCCUGAGCAACAAAGUCGGGUCUUUCCCCAAAUCCGAACUGUACACUACUUUCCACAAGAAGAUCUUCGGUCAAGGGCUUGCCACCAGUGAAGGUCAGAAGUGGGCUAAGAUAAGGAAGCUGGCGAAUUUUGCUCUACACGGAGAGAACCUCAAAGGAAUGAUUCCUGAAAUGGUUGCUAGUGUGGAGAUGAUGCUGGAGAAAUGGAAGGAUUGCCAUGAGAAAGAGCUCAAUGUCCACGAAGAGUUCAAGAUAUUGACAUCAGAAAUUAUUUCCAGGACGGCAUUUGGGAGUAGCUUCCAAGAAGGCCAGCAGGUUUUCUACAUGAUUAGCCGUCUCUUGUUGCUUGCUGACAGAAACAUGCUCUCAUUUAGACUUCCAAUCAUCAGCAAGGUUUGGAGAAGUAGGGACGAGAUCGAAGCUGAGAGGCUGGAGGAGGGAAUUGUGAAAUCCAUUAUGCUGAUGGUGAAGAAAAGAGAAGAAAACGCAAAGAGUAGUGGAGAAGUAGCUGAUGGGUAUGGGAGGGAUUAUCUAGGGCUCCUUCUACAGGGAUAUCAUGAUGAUGAAGAUGAAACCAAGAAAAUUUCCAUGGUGGAAUUGAUUGACGAGUGCAAAACACUCUAUCUGGCGGGACAGGAAACCACCAAUUCUCUUCUUUCCUGGAUGAUUCUGCUCCUGUCAAUCCAUCAGGAUUGGCAGGACGCCGCAAGGAAAGAGGUCGUGGAUCUAUUCGGCCAUGACAGGACUCCUGAUGUUGAUGGUAUUGCAAGGCUCAAAAUCAUAAGCAUGAUCAUCAGCGAGACUCUAAGGCUGUACACCCCGGUGUUCUCAGGAUUCGCUCGUGAAACCCAUACAGAAACCACGAUCGGAAAGCUCGUCGUGCCUCCGGGAGUCCAAAUCCACUUCCCGUUCAUGACGAUGCACCACGACCCUGAAAUCUGGGGAGAAGAUGUGGAUGCUUUCAAACCAGACAGAUUCUUGGAAGGCAUUGCUAACGCUACGAACAACAACCCAGCUGCCUUCAUGCCUUUUGGAGCAGGACCUCACGCAUGUGUGGGAUUCAACUUUGCGACGUACGAAGCCAAGGUAGCCUUAGCCAUGAUCCUACAACGAUAUUCUUUCAGAGUCUCCCCUGGCUACGUACAUGCGCCUAGUAAUGUUUCCAUGGUUCGUCCUGAGAAUGGAGUUCACGUAAUUCUGAGUUCACUCUAG